AUGACGCAGUCCCCCAUGAUAGCCGCGCCGCCCAAGGCCACCAACGAGAUCGACUGGGUCACGCCUCUAAAGUCCUACAUCCGCGACACCUACGGCGAUGACCCCGAACGGUAUGCCGAGGAGUGCGCGACGCUCAACCGCCUGAGGCAGGACAUGCGAGGUGCGGGCAAGGAGAGCAUCACCGGGAGGGACAUGCUCUACCGGUACUAUGGACAGCUGGAGCUGCUGGACCUACGCUUCCCCGUGGACGAGCAGCACAUCAAGAUUUCCUUUACAUGGUUCGACGCAUUCACCCACAAGCCUACGACGCAGUACUCGCUCGCAUUCGAAAAGGCGUCCGUCAUCUUCAACAUUUCGGCUGUUCUUUCCGGCCACGCUGCCAUACAGAACCGAGAAGACGAUUCCGCACUCAAGGUUGCCUACCACUCGUUUCAAGCGUCGGCCGGCAUGUUCACCUACAUAAACGAGAACUUUCUGCAUGCUCCUUCAUUCGACCUGAGCCGAGAGACCGUCAAGACGCUGAUCCAUCUCAUGCUUGCCCAGGCGCAGGAGAUCUUCUUGGAAAAGCAGGUCAAGGACCAGAAAAAGUCGGGCUUGCUGGCCAAGCUGGCAUCGCAGGCUGGAUAUCUCUAUGGGCAGGCCGUCGAGGGCGUGCAGGAAAACGUCACAAAGGCCAUAUUCGAAAAGGUCUGGCUGGCAAUGGUCCAGGUAAGCUGCACAAUUACCGAGGGGAAUAGUUACCCUGCCUUCCGCAUUGUUCUGAGUCGAAUCAAAGCCAAUCUUCUCAACUCCAUAGCGCAGUACUAUCAGGCAGUGGCAGACGAUGAGGCUGGCCAACACGGUGUGGCGCUAUCACGACUCCAGGUCGCUGACGCACUGGCCAAGGAAGCUGACCGAUUAGCGAAGAGCUUCCCCAGCACUGUUCCCUCCAAUGCCAAUCUCGGUGCUGACUGCAGUGCUCACCUACAAGAAAUCUCAAAGCGACAAUUGUCUGCGGUGCAGGAGCGGCUACGAGAGGCUAUCAAGGACAAUGAUUACAUCUACCAUCAGACCGUUCCCCCGGAAGCGAGCCUGCCCCAGAUUGCCAAGCUACCCGCCGCCAAGCCGAUCCCGGUAUCUGAGCUCUACGCGGGUCAGGACAUCCAGCGCAUCACCGGACACGACCUGUUCUCCAAGAUUGUGCCCAUGGCGGUGACGGAAUCCGCGAGCUUGUACGAUGAGGAAAAGGCGAAGCUGGUGCGGGCCGAGACGGAAAAGGUGGACACGGCAAACGGCGAGAUGGCGGCCAGUCUGGACUAUCUACGACUUCCGGGGGCGUUGCAAGUGUUGAAGGGCGGCUUCGAUCAGGACAUUCUUCCCGACGAAGACUUCCGGCAAUGGUGUGAAGACGUUGCCAAUCACGAAAACCCAGUGAGCAUCUUUGACUUUUUGCGGAGCGAGAAGGAGUCCAUAGUGUCUACUCUGGACAAGAGCUCCAAGCAGCUGGAUAUGGAGGAGAGCGUGUGCGAAAAGAUGCGAUCCAAGUAUGAAAACGACUGGAGCCAGCAGCCCAGCGCACGCCUCACGACGACCUUGAGGGGAGAUAUUCGCAAUUACCGAGAAGCUCUGGAAGAGGCCAGCAGGAGCGACGGCCAGCUGGCAGCGAAGCUACGCCAGAACGAAGCCUGGUUCGAUGAAAUGCGGGACGCCGUCGCAAACGGGCAAGUUGACCAGCUCUUCUCCAAGGCGGUCUCUCAGGCCAAGGGAAGGGGUAGCAACGCCGUCAGCCCAUCCGGAAACGAGCCGAACCUGCUCGAUGCCGACUUUGACGAAUCUGGGCCGUCGGUCGUGGAGCAGAUUGCAAGGGUCGAGGAUAUCCUCAAGAAACUCAAUCUCAUCAAGAGAGAGAGGAACCAGGUACUCAAGGAUCUUAAGGAGAAGAUCCACACCGACGACAUUUCACAAGUCCUUAUCCUUAACAAAAAGACAAUAGCAAACUAUGAGCAGCAGCUCUUCAAGCAGGAAUUGGAAAAGUUCAGGCCUCAUCAGAAUCGCUUGCUCCAGGCCAACCACAAGCAGUCGGCGUUGAUGAAGGAACUCACGGCCACAUUCAACACUUUGCUGCAGGACAAGCGCGUGCGGGCCGAGCAGAGCAAGUACGAAUCCAUCCAGCGACAGAGGCUAUCGGCCAUUGGCAAGUACAAGCGUGCCUAUCAGGAAUUCUUGGAUCUGGAAGCUGGCUUGCAGAGCGCAAAGAAUUGGUAUUCGGAGAUGAGGGAGACGGUUGAGAGCCUCGAGAAGAACGUGGAUACUUUUGUCAACAACCGGAGGUCAGAGGGCGCACAGCUGCUCAACCAAAUCGAACAAGAGCGAGCAUCGAACAAGACGCAACAGGCAGAGCUGGAACGGGAACGGCUACGAGGCCUCAUGGAGCGCAUGUCGAUGGAACCCGGGCAGCCAGCGGCACCUCCCAAGCCGCCCUCGCAGAGGCCAACACCCGCACCCCUGAUGCAGAAACAAAACUCGAGCUCUCGGUAUGGGCAGGGCAGCAGCAGCAAUGGCUAUCAGGGGCAGUUCCAGAUGCCUACAUCACCGCCACCAAACCAACAGAACUUUGCUGGUUACGCCAGCCCUCCUCCUCAAAGCACGUUUUCUCAACCUGUAUAUAACCCAAGCACAUACGGCAGAAACCCCGGUCCGACAUCGCCGCCUCCGACCCAGACCUCUUUCAGUAUGAAUGUCAUGAGAGGCCCUCAAUCACCGCCGCCGACGCAGACAUCUUUCGCACAGCACCAGGCCUACAACACAUAUGGAGCGCUGCCUGCACAACAACAGCAGCCUCUACAGCAGCAACAACUCCCUCAGAGAUAUGUGCCUCCCGGCUUCGUCCCACCACCUCCUCCCCCGGGCCCUCCUCCUCUGGGCCCUCAGCAAACUAUCCAUUUCGGACAGCAGGACUAUGAUCCCACACAAAGCGCACAGCCUCGAUCAGCUCAAGCACAGCAGACACAUGAUCCAUGGGCUGGACUGAACGCAUGGAAAUAA